CACCGUCGCCAUUUUGUCACUGACCAGCGGUAAGCUGUAAUUUUAAUUUACUGAAUUUUCUUAUCGGGUUAACUUUUUUUGAGAAAUAAUGAUUUUUCUAUAAAUCAAUCACUUAUACUCGCUGGAUCUCGGUGAAGAAAGAAAUAUGAACGUUGAGAUACAACAAGUCGAUGAACAAGAAUUGGAAAUUGUUGAACAUAAUCUUGAUGAGAAGAGGCUAAGCGAAGAUUCAUCGGGAGUCAGUAAAUCAUGGCCUCAUGCUGCUAUUUUGUGUUUAUUGGAAAAUUAUAAAAAAUUUAAAAAUGCCGUCUUUUCAACUGAUGAUGAAUCAAAACCAGCUAGGCAAUUUAAGCGAAAAAUUUGGGAGUUGGUCUCAAAUGAAUUACGUGUUAAAGGCUUUAGCAUGAGUGCUGAGGAAUCGAAUCAAAAAUUUAGAAACCUAAAGAGAACUUUCCGAACACUAGAAGAUGGUAAAAAGGGUAGAGAUUCCAUUGUUAGAUGGAAAUAUUACGAUCUAAUGGAGGAUAUUUUGAGAGACGACGAGAAUACUGAUGAAUCAUUAAUUAUUGUAACAAAAGAAGAUCAUCCACCUUCUUAUAAAUGGACAGAUGAUUCUAUUCACACACUCAUGAAAUUAUAUAAAGAACUUCGAGAUGAGUUCUUAUCUACAAACACUAAAAGAAGGGUCUGGGAAAAAUUAGCCAGAAGCAUGCAAGAAUCCGGAUUUAUAGUUGGCGCUGAUGAAUGUGAUCAGAAGUUCAGAAACUUAAAGAGAACAUUUCGGGUUUGCCUCUAUAAUAAAUUGGGAAAAGAAUCGAUUACUUGGCCAUUCUUUAAUAUGUUUUGGGAAUUAUUUAAUCACGAAUAUAGCGUCAUAACAGUAGACGAACAGGGUAGAACAAUAUCAACUGACAACAAAAUAGAGAUUACAAAUAUGGUAAAAGUGAAGGAUGAAGUGAGAAAGAGACCUGUACCAACAGAAACAGGAGCCAGCUCUAAAAAAGUAAGAGUUGAAGAAUUACCCGUUGAGACAGCACCUUCUGAAACAUUAGAGUGGGAAGAAUUCGUAAAAAAAGAUAUCGAAUUCAAGAAAUCAGUCAAAUAUUCUCUCGAAUUAUUACAUGAAUUAAUGAAAGAGCAACAUUUAGAACAAAAAAAGUGUUCAGAACUAUUGGCCAAAUUGUGUCAAAAAUUUGGCGAUUGA